AUGGCAGACAUACCACGAGACCAAAUAGAGCACCACAUAGUCAGCAUUCACGAGGAUGAUAACGACGCGAGCUUCAUGGUGCGUCGGAACGGCAAGGUCUUUUACAUACAAAUUUCACCUUCCCAGUUCGUCAAUUCGCCGCUUACAACAACACAAUACCUCACCUACCUCAAUCUUCUUCGCUCUGGGGAAGAGGUCCUUGGCGAUGUCUAUGAUACGGACGUUUGCGAAUGGGUCAUGGCCCCGUUUAAGCAAUUGCUCAUCGACCUCGCCCCAACACCGCCCAGUGACACGCAACUCACUCUACAGCAGCACCUUUUCCCCGAAUUCUUUGUCGUUGAUCUUACUUUUACCAAUGAGCAACCCAUCCCGCACCGCAUAUUUCGGACAACGCCGCCUUGUCGGCCGUCCUUUGUCCGAUUUGACGACGCCUUUCUAGACGAGCUGGAGGAGUGGACACUAUUCUACGAUCCUACCAACAUCACUUUACGCUUUACAAACCCCGAGGAUGCGCUUUUCAAGCCCCCGAGAACGAUUCUUCUCCCAAAAUGGCGAGACAUGCUUCUUCAAACCCUGCCACUCAAGCGUUGA